GUUAACAUCUAGAUAUUAUUCAGCCAUGGAUUUACUUAGUUUAGAGGAAUGCCUGCUCAUAGCCCAAAGAACUCUACCAGAAAGUGAUGAAUCCAACCUAAAGAUACUAAAAUCCGAGCUACAUCAAGGCUCUAAUGAUCUAAUGGGAUAUAUGGGAGAGUACUAUAAAUUUCGCUUAAUAGUUGAAGAUACUUUAAAGCAAGAGCAAUACAACCUGGAAUAUUUUAUCAAGAGUUUGCCACGUAAAAAUGAGCCCCAGAGAGAGGAAUGUGAACGUAAGGGAGUGUUCCUCAAAGAGUCGGCCUUGUACACAAAGGUACUGCCCAAAGUACAAAAAUAUGCCACCAAAAAACUCUUUCCCAAGUGUUUUUACAGUCGAAAUGAUAUUUUAGUCCUUGAAGACCUUACCCAGCAUUACAGACACCUCAAACCCUCGGAAAUCUAUACAAUAGAUCAUUAUAAACUAGUAUUGGAACACUUGGCGGAGCUACAUGCCUCUAGUAUAGCCUGGGAGGAGAAAGAACACUUGAAUAUCCAAGAGAGCUUCAAGGAUGUCUUGAAUGAAUUGCUUUUAAGUGCUGAUAAUUCCUGGUUCAUGACGGGACUUAAGGCUAUUGUAUUCCUGGCAGCCCGUCAUCCCAAAUAUCAAAACGCAGAGGCCCAAAGUUUCAUUAAAAAUAAACUUUACCAUCUUCUAAGCAAAGCUGAGGAAUUUGUGGCACCCUCAAAGACCAUAAGAAAUGUACUUUGCCACCGUGAUACCUGGGAUAGGAAUAUAUUUUUCCAGUUUGAAAAGGAUACAUCCGUUUUGCCUAAAGCCUGUUGCAUUGUGGAUUUCCAAUUGACCAAGUAUUGUUCUCCUGCUUUAGAUGUUUUAUUCCUACUCUAUAUAGUGGCCCCAGCAAAAGUCAGGGAAGAAAUCUAUGAAGAGUGUCUGGAACACUAUCACAAGUCCUUGGAGUCUCACCUCAUAAGGUUGGGUUUGCCUGCAGAUAUUAUAACCAGAGAGAACUUCCUGGAGGAGUGUCGCAGAAUGCGUUUCGCUGCCUUAAUUAUUUGGGCUCUGACAGAACCUCAGACCAAAAUGUCUGUCAGUGUUUCAAAUAGUUUAAGAGCUGCAGAGCCAGAGAAAUUUGAUUAUUAUCUCAACUGUGAUCGGAGUGAACUGUUACUAAGGGUAAUGGAGAUAAAACCGGGUUACGAGGAGACUAUCAUGUUGCCUAUCCAAGAGCUAGUGGAUUAUCUCAGGGAGAAUGAGAAUUUAUAUGCCUAG